AUGGCCCCAAUGCACAUUCAAGAUCGUGUUUACGAUGCGUCAAUCGCGGACCCAGAAGGCUUCUGGAACCACCAAGCCGAGAGUGUCUUCUGGCAUCGAGAGCCAAUGCGAGCCUUCCAGAAGGGCAAGAAGACUCUUAAGAGUGGCGUUACGCAUGAUCACUGGAGCUGGUUUCCCGGAGGAGAAAUAUCCACCACGUACAAUUGUGUCGACCGACACGUCAAGGACGGCAAUGGAGAGAACGUCGCGAUAUGCUGGGACAGUCCAGUCACCGGGCUUAAGGAGCAGUAUACGUACCAGCAACUUUUGGAAGAGGUGGAGACAUUGGCUGGCGUUCUGAGAGAGGAAGGGGUGAAGAAGGGUGACGUCGUGUUGAUCUACAUGCCAAUGAUACCCGCCGCCCUCUUCGCCAUGCUGGCAAUCGCCCGCCUCGGCGCAAUCCAUGCUGUGGUUUUCGGCGGCUUCUCACCAGCCGCACUCGCCCAGCGUAUGGAGGCUUCCCGCCCUAGGGCAAUUAUGACGGCUUCCUGCGGCAUCGAGGGAAAUAAGGGACCAAUGGGCUACAAGCGGCUCAUCGAAGAGGCCCUUCAGAAGUCGAGCUUCAAGCCUGAGAAGACCAUUGUCUGGCAAAGAGAGCAGCUGCGGUGGGAGCCCGUGAUGAAGGAGAAUGGCCAGCGGAAUUGGCAGCGUCUGGUGAAGAGCGCGAAGAAUAGGGGAUUGAAGGCAGAGGCAGUUCCCGUGGGAAGCGAUGAUGGGCUGUAUAUCAUAUAUACGUCUGGAACAACUGGUCUACCCAAGGGCGUCGUACGAACGGCAGGUGGACAUGCCGUCGGCCUCAACUUCUCCAUCAAAUACCUCUUCGGCGUACACGGCCCGGGCGACGUUAUGUUCACUGCAAGCGACAUUGGCUGGGUUGUUGGCCACUCCUACAUCGUAUAUGCUCCAUUGCUCGCCGGCGCUACAACUGUUCUGUUCGAAGGCAAGCCCGUCGGAACGCCAGACGCUAGCACUUUCUGGCGCAUCAUCGAAGAGUACAAGGUCACGACCAUGUUCACCGCGCCCACGGCGCUGCGAGCCAUCCGGCGAGAGGACGGCGACAACGACUACUUUGAGAAGAUCUACGGUGAAAGAGGUGGACUCCGAACUCUUCGAGCCUUGUUCCUAGCUGGCGAACGCAGCGAACCGAGCAUUGUUCAGAUGUACCAGAAGCUGCUCGAAAGGCAUUGCGCGGGCGGUGCGCUGGUAGUCGACAAUUGGUGGUCAUCUGAAUCCGGAUCGCCUAUCUCGGGGAUCGCCCUCAGCGCGGCGGCAGGACAGGACUUCUCCUCAGGGCAUCGCCAUAAACCGCUCCUGAUUAAGCCUGGAUCUGCUGGCAAGGCCAUGCCUGGCUUUGACGUGCGGGUCGUGGACGACGAGGGCAAGGAGUUGAAGAGGGGCGAAAUGGGCAAUAUCGUCAUGGGGAUUCCGCUCGCGCCGACGGCAUUCACGACGCUCUGGGAGGACGAGGAGAGGUUCUACAGGAGCUACUUGAAGAGGUUCAACGGGAAGUGGAUCGACACCGGUGAUGCGGGUAUGAUUGACGAGGAGGGAUACAUCUCCAUUAUGUCGCGAGCCGAUGAUGUUAUCAACGUGGCUGCCCAUCGAUUUAGUACUGGUGCCAUCGAGCAAGCUAUUACCACUCACCCCGAUAUCGCUGAAGCGGCUGUAGUCGGCAUCCCAGACGCCCUCAAGGGCCACCUCCCUUUUGCCUUCAUCACCCUUUCCAUGCACCACCACCCGCACCCUGCCGUCCCCAAUGACAUGCUCUUCAAGGAAGUGCAGAAGCUGGUCCGCGAGCAAAUCGGUGCGAUCGCUAGCCUCGGCGGCAUAAUUCAAGGCAAGGGCAUGAUUCCCAAGACACGCAGCGGGAAGACGCUUCGUCGCGUGCUGCGUGAGCUGAUCGAGAAUGCGACGCAUGGCGAGAUGGAUAAGGAGGUUGUGAUCCCGAGCACGAUUGAGGACAGGGAGGCGGUUGAGGUGGCGAGGGCGAAGGUGAAGGAGUAUUUUAGGGUCAAGGGCAAGGAUUUGCACAAGGCUAUCGAGGUGAGGGCGAAGUUGUAG